GCGGGCAUGGAAGAAGAUAAGGAAGGAGGAGAAGGUGUUAAGUACAGAGGCGUGAGGAGGCGACCAUGGGGUAAGUUCGCCGCCGAGAUUCGUGACUCCACCAGGCACGGUGUGCGUAUGUGGUUGGGAACUUUUAAUACUGCAGAGGAGGCGGCACGAGCUUAUGAUCAAGCAGCUUUUCGGAUGAGAGGUUCAUUUGCCAUUCUCAAUUUCCCUGAUGAGUACACUUCCUCUGUACCACCUCGUCCUGCCUCUUCGUCUUCUUCUUCUUCUUCUUCUUCGGCUUCAAUGCAUCAGAACAGAGGAAAAGAAGUUAUUGAAUUCGAAUACUUGGAUGAUAAGUUGUUGGAGGAUCUGCUUGGUUCUGAGGAGAAGAAGAACAAGAAAGGGUGA